AUGAUAUGGGCAUUUAAACUUGCACAUCCAAAGUUAUUGUAUGAAGGUGCAACUUCAUUAUCAUUUACUUUUAUACUAUCAAGUUCAAUACAGGUUAUUAUCUAUUUCAUUCUUCUAGGGAUUUGUGCAUCUGAUUAUUUAUGUCCAAGUGUAGCAAGUUUGUCGGGCUCAGAAGAGUCAGCUUCAUCUGGUGUACUUGCAGCAGUUUUGUUAUCAUGGUGUAAUUCGUCUCCAGAUUUGUUUUCUAAUUUUAUGAGUUGGACAAGUAGAUCUUUGGAUAAUGACUCGAAUAAUAAAAAUUUUGCAGCAUUGUCUGUCGGUGAAGUCCUUGGUGCAUGUGGAAUUAUUUUAUGCGUAGUUGAGGGAUCAAUUUUUAUGCUUAUGUCGUUUUUAGACCUCAAUAUAAUGGAAACUCAGAGGAAAACUAUUUUAAAAGAUUUAGGUUUUACCUCUGUAGCCAUCCUGGCAAUGUGGUAUGUGUGCGUAAUGAAUAAAGUUACAGUGUUUAAUUGUAUCGUUAUGAUAAUGAUCUAUGUGAUCUACCUAACGUCUAAAUUCAUUUAUAAGGGACAAAAGAAAGCAGAUAAUGUUGAAGAUGAAGAAGAGCCAUAUAAUUUAGAAUUGUCAUCUCAAACUUCAGAUGAGGGAAUAGAUGCAUUUACAGGACACAUACGACCCAAUAUUCUAACAGCAAUGGAUUUUAAUAAUUUAUUAUCUGUAUUAGAAUCGUCUAACAAAAGUGUUGAUCAAGAGCAAUUAACAACUCUUGAAGCUGCGUAUGACGAUAAUUUAAAUAUGGAUGACAUGUUGGAUAUACCAAGAAGAGCUAGUACGGUACCUAUAACAGAAGCUAGGUACACUGAUGUUCCAAAUUUUCCAAAUAGUGCACCAGAGACCUUCCAGUCAUAUAGAGAUGAUCCUGGCCAUGAGCUAAUGGAUGACCAAUAUUUGCAUACUUUUAAUAUGACUGUUAGAUCCAGUAAAACUAAGAUAAUGAGUAAAUAUAAAAAGAAUUUUUUUCGAAUGUUUCUGCCUCACUUAAUGCAUUUUUCACAGAAAAGUAAAAUAGAUGCAAUUCUGUCUGUCAUUACAUCACCUUUCGUAAUAAUUUUGCGGCUGUCAUGUCCUCAGCCGUUGAAGAUAAUUGAUUAUGAUAUUGAUACUAAAAAGUAUGUUUACUCUAAAAUAGAUAUGGCAAUUUUAUUUUUACAAACUUUAUUGAGUCCUUUGUUCUCGUUUUUUAUUUUAUCAUGCAUUAUGUCCAGUAAUUUUUCGUUAUUCAUUUGGACAAUUCCUAUAUUAUUGUCCUCAUUGUUUAUUUUUUUGGCGGUUGUUUAUUAUAGAACCAUUAUUGCAUAUAACAAAUUUUCAAUAUUUACAUCACCAUCAUUUGGUGAUGCAGUAAUCUCAGAUAGUUCAGCUGAAAGGAGAAUCAUUGAAAAAUUAACUGGCCUUUUGAGGAUUCUACUUUUAGUAAUUUGCAUAACCAAUACUAUAUUAUGGAUAUCUUUGAUAGCGAACGCUCUAAUAGAAAUAUUAGAAAUUUACCAGAACAUAACAGGAAUAUCAGAAGCCAUACUGGGGCUUACAAUAUUUGCUUGGGGGAACUCAGUAAGUGAUUUGAUUUCUAAUAUUGCUAUGUGUAACCUAUACAAAAAACAACCUGACAGUAAUGGCCAAAAUUUAACAGAUAUUGCAACUAAAUUCUUUAUGAUAUCAUGUAGCUCAUGUGUUGGCAGUGUUAUGUUGAAUUCUAUGGGUGGGAUAGGUGUCAGUGGAUUAUUUUCUAUGAUAUUUAUUCACAAAGAGUCUCACAGAUUUUGGUUGUUGAGGAAUAUAGUUUUAAAUGAAUCUGAAGACGGCUUUGAGGUUAAAUUCAUUGUUUCAUGUGUAGCACUGUUAAUUCAAGUAAUUUUGUUAUUUCUUACAUUUGGUGGCAUUAAAAGUUCAAGAGAUUGGAUACAGAGUAAUAAGUUUGGAUUAGGAUUGACAAUGUGUUGCUUAUGGGCAUUAUCUACCUUAAUUAACAUACUUCUAGAAAUUUUUAUAUAA